CCGGGGUCACAUGACUGACCUGCAACCAAAACAGCACAGCAGAAAUGUCAGUUCUUCAUUCCGCUUUUGUGUUCAGAGUUUAAAACAUGUCGAUGUUUAAAGUGAGUUUUAUUUGUUCUGUGCUGUUUGUUGUGUUCGGUGCCGCGCGUGGGUUUCUGGGAAAUGGAGAUACAUUUCGACGAAAAGUGUCUGUGGAGCUGAACCCGGGUCUGGCCCCGCCCUCGUCUCUUCCUCCGGGUGUCGCUCUGGUUCAUGCGCGAGGACUGGGACUGAACGACACGCUGCACUUCCUGCUGUGUAACCGAGGCGCUCCAGCGCUGCUGCUGGUCCACACCAACAGCACCGAGUCCGCAGUGCAGGUCAACUGGCCGGAGUUCAUCAACCGCAGUUCCCCGGGCAGCCUGAGGGUGGCGCCAGAGAGCAGCGUGACCUACAGCGCAGCACUAGUGUUCACCAGGAUCUGGGAGUACGAUGACGUCAACAACACGGCAGACCCACAGACGGCAGCCGAGUCCAGUUUCUACUCUCCUUACGAGCUCCAGAACUUCAUCUGGUCGGACCUGAACGCCACCGCCAACCAGUCGGAUCACGUGAUCACGCUGUGCGGCCGCGAGAACACCGAGAGCUUCGCCAACGGCUCCCUCUGCCUGAGACUGUCGCUGUUCGAGUCCGCGGGCCGCGAGGGGGCGUGGCCGAGUCUCCUGCAUAACUCUAACUCCUCCCAGCUGCAGGUGUGGCUGGACGGGGCGGCGCCGCGGGGGAACCGCUCUCGCUUCGCUCUGGAGUUCCAGUCGGUCGGGGACGCCGGCUUCCAGGGGCGGGUGGACGUGCGCAGCUCCAUAGAUGAUGAAUACACUCCUUCCAUCUUCAAGGUGUUUGAUUGGCUGUCGCUGCCGCUGAACUCCAGCCGUGUGUGGGGUUUCUCGCAGUGGAAGCCCGUGGCGUACCGUAAGCCGGCGCCGGUGUUCGAGGACGCGACGCCCUGCAGGAGCUCUCCUCUGGUGUCCGUGAGCCGCGUCCCCCCGUCCGCGCUGGUCCAGGCCUACUUCACACACCAGCCUCACACACACGGCCUCAACAUCAGCUUCGGGGUCGAUAAGGACCCGGUGUUCUACAGCGACACCAGAUACAUCAGCUGGACUGUGUUAAUGGGCAUGGGCGAACCUCCAGCCGAUUCCUUCUCCACGUUGAUCAUCAUCAUCAUCGCCGUGGGUCUCGGCACUCCGCUGGCCAUCAUCAUCGUGGGCGGAGUGUUUGUGUGUGUCCGCAAGAGGAUGACACAGUCCUCAGUCUACGAGCCAAUCAACUGAGACGUCAGGGUACAAGCCCCGCCCCAAUGCACACACCAGCCAAUCAGUGCUGAGGUCACGGACCCCUGAUUGGACGAUUAGAAUGAUCACAUGCACGUUACUGAUAAUGAGGAGGAGCAUUUGCAGACUUCCUCUGGAAGAAGAAGAAUUACGAAUGUUUUGCACCUUUAUACUGAAAACUGGAAAAAAUCGAGUGAUUAUUUGAUAUUGUUCAUUUUUUUAGACAUGAUGCUUAUUUGUUCUGUGCCCCAUAAUAAUAAUAAUAAUAAUCCUGCGUGAUGCAUAUUCAGUUAUGUGCCUGAUUUUAAAACAUGAAUUUCUCUUUAAUGCUAAUAUACACGCAGAGACACGAGCGAGUGAGUCUCUCAGGGAUCAGGUGUGUGUGUGUGUGUGUGUUUAGGAGAACGCCGCCGGUUUGAUGCACAUUUGCAUUCUGUAAAUAUGAUUUGCACCGCAUUUAAAAACACAAUGAAAUCUUUCUGUUUUUGUUACCGCCAGUUACUAAUAAAAAUGUAAAUAUGGAUUUAAAA